AUUUCCACCAUUAAUGGAAACCUCAGACCCACACUUCUUCUUCUUCUUCCUCCUCUCUCUGAGUACAAUUCUCCUCUCUCUCAUCAACUCCACCUCUGCAAGUUUUACUCCAGUAGACAACUACCUCAUCAACUGCGGAUCCAACACAAACACUUCCACAGAUACUAGGCUCUUUCUCGCAGAUUCAACAAAACCCGGAUCCAACUUUUUGUCCCCUCCGCCUCAAAAAUCCAUAUCUCUGCUUAAAAACCAAAACCCACCUGAUCUAGGUAGUGAUUCUUCUUCCCUUCUCUACCUUACAGCUAGGGUUUUCACUUCUGUUUCGAGCUUCACUUUUCCUAUCCAUGGAGUUGGAGCACUUUACAUUGUGCGUCUGCACUUCUCGCCCUUCUGUUCUUCAUAUUUCAACCUCAGUUCUGCUCAUUUUGACGUCUCCAUUAAUGGGUUCAAGCUCCUAAAGAAUUUUAGCUGUGGAGCUCUUGUUUUGAAGGAAUACAUAGUAAAAAUGGACAAGAAUUUUGUCAAAAUGGAGUUCUCGCCGGCCACUGCCGGCGGAUCGCGACCAAGUUUUGCGUUUGUGAAUGCAGUGGAAGUGUUCUCUGCUCCCGGCAAUCUUUUCACCGGUGACGGGGCGACGUUGGUUGGUCCUGCAGACGGAGUAACGCCAGAGAAAUACAGGAAGGUUUUGGAGACUAUUCACAGGGUGAAUGUUGGUGGACCAAAAAUAACCCCUUACAAUGACACUCUUUGGAGGACUUGGGUCCCUGACGAGAAUUUUCUUGUCUUGAAAUCAGCAGCAAAGAGUGUCACUCUCACUCAUUUUCCCCACUAUUGGAAAGGAGGACCCACUCGGGAGAUCGCCCCUGAUUAUGUAUAUAUGACGGCACAACAAAUGAACAAGGGUAGCUUAAUGAAUUCAUGGUUCAACAUAUCAUGGGAUUUUCCAAUGGGUUCUAGCAACAAUUAUAAUUGUCAUCACCUAAUUCGAUUGCAUUUUUGUGACAUAGUGAGCCGUUCACUUGAUCUAUUGGUGUUCAACGUUUUCAUCAAUGGGUAUUUGGCAUAUGAAGAUCUAGAUUUGACCUUACUUACAGGGACACAUAUUAUUGCUUCACCAUACUACAUGGACUUUGUUGUGGGAUCUAGUUGUAGGUUAGGAGUUUUGAGGGUUAGUAUUGGCCCUUCUAACUUGACUUUGAGCAAGCCUUACCUGCGGAAUGCUAUUUUGAAUGGCGUGGAAAUCAUGAAUAUAAUGGAGUUGGAGAAUUCGAAAAGUAUUGUUGCGAGUGAACAAAAAAAUUGGGUCAUGGUUGCCCUAUCGACCAUUUUGUUGAUGAUGCACAUGCACAUGCACAUUGAUCUUCGAUUUGUGUGCUAGCUUCAAUUAAAUUGAUAAAUAAAUUAGUGAAAGAGGUGAUCUA